AUGACGAUCUACUACCAUGACUAUGCCGGCGGCCCAAAUGCCACCACGAUCGAGAUACCAGGCCCAUCGAGCGGACAACUAAACUUCACCAAGUUUGGAGCCAUGUUUUGCACAGACGACCCAAUAUACAAGGGAAUUAAGAAGGACUCGGUCCCAAUUGCAAGGGGCCGGGGUAUAUACAUCAUAACAGCCCUAGAUGGGACCCAAGCUCAGAUGCUAAUGUCGGUUGUGUUUAUCAACGGAAAAUAUAAAGGUAGCACAAUUGAAAUACAAGGUUCCUACGAGCAAUCACUUGUGCAGGCAUCAGAGGCGGCAAUAGUGGGCGGCACGGGAAAAUUCCGGCUUGCCCGUGGUUACGCCACUUUCGAGAUUGUUUCCUAUGAUCCUGUGACCGGCUUUUCAAUUACCCGGUCUAAUAUGACUGUGAUACAUUACUAA